AUGGAUCCUGAGCGGCUCAUCCCAUGCCCCUAUGACAAAAACCACCAGAUCCGAGCCUCCAGGUUCCCCUACCACUUGGUCAAAUGUGGAGAGAAUAACAAGAAAAGAGCCAAAGAGCUGGCCACGUGCCCCUACAAUGCUCGCCACAGAGUCCCAAAGCGAGAGCUCCAGCUGCACAUCUCCACCUGCACAGACAACAGGGCGCCAGAGCUGUUCAGUGGGACAUCAAUGACUUUCAGUCCCAAGAAGGAACUGAAAGAGACCCCAAGAUCCUGGCAGUGUCCCCCCUGCCAAGAGGACUGGGAGGCAGACGCAGAUGAGUCUGGUGCUACUUCUCCUUUUGUUCUUGGCUCCAAGACAAAUCACACCUUAAGCACAAGUCAAAGUCUUGGUGAGAGAGGCCGGGAUGGAAACCAGCAAAUGCAGGCCGUGAGCACCUCAGCAGCAGCAUGGACUCCAAAGGGUCACUCCUGGAGAAAUGGCUGUCUGGCUGUCCCUGCGGGCGGCUGCUCGGGCGCGGCUCUCACGGGCACUGUUCUCCCACAUGCCAAGUGGCGCCGGGUGGUGGCGUCAGGCUCCACCUCCCUGGACAUGUUUGGACAGGUCAGCCUCAUGACCCUGGACAGUCUGCAGAAAUGUGUCUUCAGCUACAACAGCAACUGCCAGGAGACGCCCAGUGACUACAUCGCGGCCAUCCUGGAGCUCAGCUCAGCUCCCUGGUGGUGUGACGCCAGCACCGCCUGCUCCUGCACUGUGACCAGUGACUACCACCUGACGGCCGAUGGGCGGCGCUUCCAGCGCGCCUGCGACAGCGUGCACCGCUUCACAGCCAACGUGGUGCAGUGGCACCACCAGGCCCUGAGCUGCCUGGCCAGGGAGGCCUGGCUCAAAUCCAAGCAGGGCAAGACUGUGAAUUCAUUGACAUCCUGCUCCUGGCCAAGGUAA